AUGUUCGUCGGCGUCGUCGCGGGCGCCGUCCUCGUCAACGUCGCGCCGCUGGCGAACUCGCUGCACGUCGUCGCGCCGCCGCACCGCCCAAACUCCUCGAGCCGCGCCGAAGAGAGAGGCAGCGCAGGCACGCCUGGCCGGAGGGCGGGGCUGCUGCGGCGCGCGCGCGCGUCGAUGACCGAGCUCGUCGCGUUGGCGCCGGAGAGCGACCACUACGCUCCGCACCGGCGGGCACGGCUUCCUGCCGCCGAGCAGACGGUGUCCGUCGAGUCGCUGGACUCGCUGAUGUUUCACAUCUGCCUCGUGAUGCUGGUGAUGUUUUGCGGCUACUUGCUGCGCGUCCCGAUCUCCGUCGUCGACUCGCACUUCACCGACCACCGCUCCGGCAAGUCCUUCAUUGACCGCGAGACGAUCGUCCGCGUCUCAAACACGGCGCACGGCCUCCUCAUCCCCGCCGCCAUCUCCCGACAUCUCCUCACCAUCAUCGCGGAGACGUGGGCGCCCUUCGCGCUCGUCUGCCUGCUGCUGCUGCGGAUGGCGGACCCCAACGACGCCACGCCCGUGCUGCGCGACUUCACGUGCAAGCAGAUCUUCCACGGCCAGCCACGCGUCACCGAAGGCGACAUGCGAGCUCACGGCGCCGCGCUCUCGCUUGGAGCAGCCGCCUCGCCGCAGCACGACGCGGAGGCGGGACGGGAGGACUUUAGCGAGGUGGCUGCCCGCCGCUGCGCCUCGGCGCCAGUCGUCGCGUCACCGCCGAUACCGCAGGGAGAUUGA